AUGAACAAGAGGCUUGGUAUUAAGGAGAGUUACAUUGUCUGCAAAUGCAAUCUCAUGUGCAGCUGCAACAUAGCAUGUCCAAAUAGGCUAUUACAAAAUGGAGUACGAAUGAAAUUAAAAGUUUUCAAAACAAAGAAUAAGGUAGUAGUUUCAAAUUCUGGUUGUAUUUUAGAGUUUUAUCCUUUGACGUGGCUUCAUGUCUUACCAGAUUCCAGGUAUGAUACAGACGGUUGCAACUAUACAUAUAACAUUGAUACUCAUGGUAAUGAUAUGAGCCGGUUGAUUAAGGGACAAGUCCAAUAUGUUAUUAAUGCAACCAAAUAUGGGAAUGUUUCUCGGUUCAUCAAUCAUAGUUGCUCGCCGAAUCUUGUGAAUCACCACGUUCUUGUGGAGGGCAUGGAUUGUCACAGUGCUCACAUUGGUCUCUAA